AUGCCUCGGCCUGGCAGAAAUACUUAUGGAGAUCAAAAACCUCCGUAUUCCUAUAUUUCUCUCACUUUUAUGGCAAUUCAGAGCUCUCAAGAAAAGAUGUUGACACUGAGUGAUAUCUACAAGUUUAUUAUGGACAGAUUUCCUUAUUAUAGAAAAAACACACAGAGAUGGCAGAACUCUUUAAGGCAUAAUCUUUCCUUUAAUGACUGUUUUAUAAAAAUUCCUAGACGACCUGACCGGCCAGGUAAAGGUAGCUACUGGACUCUCCACCCGAACUGUGGUGAUAUGUUUGAAAACGGCAGUCUUCUGCGUCGUAGGAAAAGAUUCAAACUGCCUCGUUCACUUAGGCGGGCCACGGCAGCUGCUUACGCCGAACUGAAACAACUCGAAAAUGCUACACAUAACGCAGUUCAAGAACAAGCUAAAAUUCGACUGGCAGCGCUCGCCGCCGCGCCGUCCCAUUUGCAGACGUUUUCUACGGAGGCUUCAAGAACAUCGGCCACGACAUACAUACAACCAUUUUCCAUAGAAAACUUAAUUGCUCCCACCUACAAAGUUCCUAGCCACCCAAUUCCUAUUCAGGGUCCUUCAGUUCCUCACCCUGUCUUGCCAAGUUUUCUACCGUCAUACCCCUGUUCUCUUCCGUGUGUUUCGACGGCGUCGUGGGCCUCACCUAUCUCUUCUUCCGACUUGCCCUUUGCCCCAGCCUCUCUACCAUCAGGAGUUUUUCCCCAGUUUCUUAACAUGCCCAUGACAGCUCACACUAAGCCUCCAGGGACAAUUUCAUUACCCCAUACCAUCUCUACAAUGACAGCGAGCGUGCCCACGUCCAUCCCGCUUUCUAUUCCGUCCUUCUCAAUGAAGCCGGGAUUCCUACCCAGCCUCCAGAUCCCCGGUCUCUACUCCGGUAGAGCGCUGUUUGGAGCGUUUCCUAUGAUAGCAAGUUCGCCUCCGAGAAGAGUUGAUUCCGCUUCCAGUGACACUUCGGAGAAAUCUCUAGACAUUGUAUCCGACGAUUCAUCAAAAUAA